AUGUCUGCCAUGUCGCUCCUCGUUCCUCGCAUCCGGUACCGAGCCCUGAACGGCAAGCAUCACCCUUUUGGCGCGCACAGACCACGGCGGGGCUCGCCUUCCUCUCCCGCCGCAUUCCCCACCUCUUUCUCUCAGCCUGCUCUACGCUACAAACCUUGGAACCCUCACUUGCACCCUCCCGACUUGUCACCACCCCAAAACCACCCCAACUCCACUCCCAGCCCACCCAAGAAAUCGCCGCUACCCAAAGCAUCCAUACCCAACUACCCCCCACCUACACGCGCGCUCACCGACUGUCGUAUGUCCAUCGAGAACCUCAAGACCUUCGACCCGUUCGCGGAAGCGGAUGAAGAUACCGGCCAGGUCAAGCAGACUCAGCAGGACUACAUUCAUAUUCGUAUCCAACAGCGCAAUGGCCGCAAGACCUUGACGACUGUCCAAGGUCUCCCCAAGAAAUUUGACCAGAAGAAGAUCCUCAAGGUGAUCAAAAAGAAGUUUGCCUGCAAUGGCACCAUUGUAAGCGACGCCGAGAUGGGCGAAGUCGUCCAACUCCAGGGCGAUCAGCGCAAAGACGUCCAGGACUUCUUGACCGACAAGAAGGAGGGACUUGGUCUCGAUGCGAAGACGAUCAAGGUGAGUCACAGCCCGGCACGAUUUAGCAUCGAGUCACAGUCUAAUCAGAAAUCAGGUCCACGGUUUCUAGUCGUCCAUGACUACUACCUUGUGCCUCCUCGAUAUGCCAGCUGCCCUCGUCCGUGGCACGGCUAA